AUGUCAUUCCGCACAACAGUCCACGAGUCUUUGCCAUACAUCGACCCCGAACCAAGCCCAGAAGACCGCGCGGCCGCCCAAGCCCUCAUAGACGCCGAGCUCGCCUCUUCUAGCACAGAAUCCUCCUCCUCCAACACCACCAACACCACAUCAUCAUCAUUACUACCGCCCUUGCGCGAGCCUUCCUUCACGCCCACAAUGCUCGCCGAGCUCGACCGGAUCGCCACAAAACAGCCCCUCAAAGCAAUCGACCUGUCACGGUACGAGGUCGACGACGACGACGACGAAGACGAAGUAGACGAGGCGGCCAACAACAGCAAAAUUAAAGACACCCUCCAAGCCCGGCUAGGCAGGGCCUACACGGCAAACACCUACCUCACCUCGCGCACCACGCACCUGCACCUGCUCGACAGCUACGGCAAGAACGCCUGGCUCGUGGGCAACUGGCACCUCGAGGCCGAGCUCCAGGCCCUGGAGCGCGACCUGGCCGACACGAAGCGCGAGAUGGACCUCGUCAACCUCGACCGCAGGAGGCAGCAGGACCAGGUCGGCGAGGAGCUCCGCAGCCUCAACGAGACGUGGCGCCGGGGCGUCGGCAAGGUGCUCGAGACGGAGCUCGCGGCGGAUCAGCUGAGGAGGCAGGUCUUGGAUGCGCGGCGGCGGCAGCAGCAGGAUUGA